UCCUCAUCACACGCUUGCGGCUUGCAUCCCCAAAGCCGUCAAUUCCAUCUGAAUCACCUCUUUUGUCUCUUCUCCCUCUUCACACAUCCCCCCGCAUUUCGCGAUGGCUGAGAGUAAGACUUCGGCCAUCUCUGAUGAGCCCAUCAACGUCCUCAUUGCCCUGCACCCCAAGUUCGACAUUCUUGACUUUUCCGGUCCAUUGGCUGUCUUUAGCGCAGCGCAGCACGACUUCUCCGAUGACUCCUCCAAGGCAUUUGAAGUGACCCUUGCCGGUGCUGAGCCGCAGGUCCUCUCCUCCCAGGGCGCCAUCGUGCAGUCCCAGAUCACGUACAAAGAGGCUCACGAGCGCAUCAACGAGUUUGACGUUCUCAUCAUUCUCGGUGGAAACACCGACGAGGUCAUCAAGAAGGAACUUGAGCCGCUUGGCAUCAUCACCGCCUUCUCCGACCUUCAGAAGAGAGACCCAGCCAGAGAACGAACCAUGCUGUCGGUCUGCACCGGCGCCCACCUGCUCGCGCACGAGGGCAUUCUCUGCGGCCUCGCUGCCACCACUCACCCCGACCACAUCACCCAUUUUGAGAACCUGUGCAGCGAUGCCUGCACCAGACUCGGGACUGAUCGCACCGACGUCAUGGACGACGCUCGAUAUGUCGUCAACAACCUCCGCUUUGAGCUUGACGAGGAUGCCAGCCCAUACACGCGCCGCAAGUCGGAUGCUGGGAAGCCCCACGGCCGCAAGGGGAGCAUUUCCUUCAAGGAAUCCCGCACACGUCGCGAGUCGAUUGUCCGCCGCGUGGCGAUGCGCCUCGGUGGUCUCCGGGUGAUCACCGCGGGGGGCCAGAGCGCUGGCGUGGAUGCAUCUCUGUAUCUCGUCAGCGCCCUGGUGGAUGAGAAGUGUGCCGAGGAGGUGGCCCGGCUCCUCCAGUGGAACUGGACCAAGGGCGUCGUCGUGGACGGCAUUGACGUGUAAGCGUAAGCGCGA